ACCCAGCUCAGCAUGCCCCAGCCCCUGAACACAUCCACAGCUCUCCCAGCUCCACUACCAUGUGUAGAUGGACAGUGACACAAGGUGCACAGGUCGCCUGGUUCUCCUCCUUCCCCUGCAGCAGACCUCCAUCACGCUUCCUGCCUGUGAACUUUCUUCUGCUGCUCCUCUUGCUUGGACCCACUGCUUCAUCAACAGAUUCUGAAAAGAGCCAUGCACCAGAGGGGACUCUUAAGCCACCUUGUUGGGCGCUCCUGCGCGCAUCCUCUGCAAGGUUGCCACGGGCGACUAACUUGUCGCUGUCAUCUGCAACAGUUGUCGGGCGACAUGUGCGAAGCAGCUACAAGCAUCUACAAGGUGAUGUGCGCAGGAGAAAGCUGUUCUCCUAUCAGAAAUUCUUCCUUCGCAUCGGCAAGGAUGGACACGUCAAUGGCACCAAAAGAGAGGAUGAUCCAUACAGUAUUUUGGAGAUCAAAUCAGUGGACGUUGGAGUGGUGGCCAUCAGGGGCCUCAGCAGCAACCACUACCUGGCAAUCGGAAAGAAUGGAACACUGUAUGGAGCUAGGGAGUUUGGUCCUGAUUGUCGUUUAGUUGAGCGCAUCGAGGAAAACAAGUACAACACCUACGCUUCUGCCGAGUGGAGGACCAAAAAAAACAAGAACAUGUUUGUGGGACUGAAUGCCAAAGGAAAACCAAUGAAGGGAAAGAAAACACGGAGGAAAAACACAUCAACUCACUUCUUGCCCAUGGUGGUGCCACCACGAUGAUGGGAUGUAUCAGAAAACUGCAGGACGUUUAUGAUGGCGACAUCGGACAGAUCUGAUCAUGGUCUGUAAAAUGCACUGAGGGAAGCAAAAUUAAACUUAUAGAGAGUGGACUUCUUGUUUGGAAAAGGACGGUUCUAUUUUAAAAAAGAUAUAUAUCAGUAUACAUGUAUAUAUUAUUUUUGGUUUUAAGUUAUAAAGUACACUGGCACAAUAAUUACAAAAGAAACGAACAACUGUGCCAAAAUGUGAUUAAAAUAUUCACAUCCAAAACUUUCAUGCAUUUUUGGAGUGCAUGAAAAAGAGAUAAAGGUACUGUUAGAAGCCUGACCAAGAAAUUUUAAAAGAGGAUAUAGGUUGUUCAUGACACCACCAAUGGAUAUCUAACGGAAACAUGUCUCUUUCUGCAGAUUUAUUUAUUUUAUGUUAUAUUUAACAGAGAUAAAGAAUAGAAGACAUAUUCUUCUCUUUUUACCUACCAUUUAUGUUUCUCUUUUUAAGCUACUAAUCAUCUUAACCUGUAUAAAUAAAAAGAAUAUAUUUGUCUUUAA